GAGAGGGAGAGGACAGAGAGGAGAAGAGGAGGAGACAGAGGUAAAGUCGGAAUGACAAGCAAAAGCUGACACAGUAACCAUAGCAAAGAUUAAGGAAAUACCUUCUCCUGUUGGCGAGGAGGAGGAGGUGUGGAUGCAGCAUACUGGAGAUGUUCAGCCUGGAAGAGAUGGAGAGUCUCUGACAAAGGAUGCAGGCUUCUACUGCCAGGCUGAGAAGAUUUUACAUCUUCAUCCAAGCAGCCAAAGGGAUGCUGACAAGUUUGCCUUCCAAUUCCUCCUUUAAAGCUCCCACACAAACACGUGUACAGUUCCCUGUGCAUGCCCAGCUCUGCACUUAGAUAUUUUUAGUAAAACUUCCCACAUUCUUGACAUAAAAAAGGAUUGGACUCAAAUUCUUUAUUGGUGUAGAUACCUUCAGCUGGGACAGGAGGGCUCAUCCUGACAGGUCAGCACGGAGCCACUUUGAAGAUUUCAACAUCCAUGUUAGACAGCCGUAUGAAGACUUAAACAGCUCCUCAUCUCUCCUGAAUGAGAAACUUCUUAAAGGAAUGGGGUGCAUUUGUCACACGGAAUAGUUUCCCUACUGAUGAGCUAAACCCAAGCCAUAAAUCAGCAUCUGAGGACCUUUUUCUCAUCACCAUUUCCUACAGCAACUAAAAGAAGAACAGGGAUGCUUGCAAGCCAAGGUGCACUGGGAUUCUAUUACUGUCGCUUUAUUGUUUUCACAGUUCAGAUUUCCAAUCUAUUAACAGCAUCAAUGUGAGAAAUUGUCUUCAUCCUACAGAAAGUCUCCAACUGAGCGAAACAAACACCUGGCUUGAUGCCACAGCACCUAGAAAACUUUUUUUUAAUAUUUAAUAUCAGCUAUUUAUUCAUUUCUAAUCCAUUCUCCUUUCCUGUCUGAGCCCUUUUUCAAACCUCAACCUCAUUAAUAACUUUAAGCAUUACUUUUUUGGGUUAGUACUGUUGUAUGAGAGCAAACUUUCUGAACGCUGAUGUGAUUCGGUCACAUGAGACGGGCCAAAUGGGACCAACACUGAACAGUCAUGUUUGACACAAACUGUUUUUGACAUCAGGAAAACAUCUUCUUCAAUAAUCCAACACAACCCCGGGCAUCUGACGGCCUUCAGGAGCUGCUUCCACCAGGAUAAAUCUGGGCAUGUGCUGUUGUCCUUUGGACCCAGCGUCAUAACAAGAGAAAAAUUAAAGAAUAGGAUUAAACAUGGAUUAUCACUGAAACAGUAAAGCCAUCAAAGCAGCUGCCUUUGUAUAAACCCAUUGAAGGCUCUUAGGGCAAGCGCUCUGCCAACCGAUUUGUAGAUUACAUCCGCCUGUUGAUGUGAUGGCCUCCUGUGCACUUGCUUUUUAAAAAGACGGAUGGAGAAUAUAGAUGAGCUGGAGCACCCUAUUCUGGGAGAAAGCACCAGUAACAAACAAGCAUCAGGGCAGGGAACUGGACUGGGACAGGCCCCAGUUGGGCUUUUUAAGGGCAUUUUGGUGAAGCGUGAGGAGGACAGAGCAUAUCCUCCUUUGGCUUGGAGGGGUUAUUGUGGACAUCCUCCAGAGCUGCAGCAUCAGCAGCUGCUGGACCCUUGCUCCUUACCCCGCACCCUGGAGUCCUUUUACCCAACGGGCCCCCUGUGGGGCCAAACAGACCUUCUCAGCAAGGACUAUCUUGAGACCACCUUUGUGGACAUUCGGCCUGGCUCAGCGCUGGAGAGGAAGCUGCUGGCUGAGACACAGGACUUCCAUAGUGCUGCCUACAGCAUGGAUGAUGAGGACGACCUACUUCCUGACUCUGAUGACUCGUCCAUUGAUGAUCUCAGUGAUACGGACAGUGACAGCAACUUUCCUCUGAUGAUCCCUCAGGACUAUUUGGGUCUGGCGUUUUUCUCCAUGCUCUGCUGCUUCUGGCCUUUGGGUAUCGCCGCUUUCUAUCUUUCUCAGAAGACCAACAAGGCAUCAGCUCAGGGGGAUUUUCAGGGAGCCAACAUAGCCUCCCGCCAGGCGCUGUGGCUCUCCGUGCUGUCCAUUGUGUUCGGAAUCAUAACGUACAUCUGUGCCAUUGCUGCGCUGAUUUCCUACCUGUCUGCUAAGCCAUUAUAAGAGAAACUCUUUGCACUUGGAUGCAAAAACACAAAGAGACAAACCCUUCAUUAAUAUUACCACAUUAUCUGUAAGAUAAUAAUAAACGAGAACUCGAGAGACAUCCUCCACAUUGAAGUUUGUGUCUAGAUCACUGACAAAUUUGUGCUUCCCGGAUCAUCACAUGUGGGGCUUUAAUAAAGAUUAAUGCAGGAAAAGGAUGGAGAAGAUGGCUGCUGUAAUUUGAAGUCUGCAGAUUUAUCAGAGUUAGAGGGAACUCCUGAUGGCUUUCACUCAUCCAGCACCGUCACUUACCUGGAAAAAGUUGGAGACAUGCACAUCCCAUCUGGAUUUUCCAGUUAACGUCACCUGUUGUUUACCUGCAGAAAGGACUGCCAUUUUUUGUGAUUAAAAGCCAAGUUUUAUCUCUAUGACAUAAGCUGAGUGCCGUAUAUAUAAAAGGAAACUAAUGUAAGAAGUGGGAGAAUUUUGAAACACAUCCCGAAAUGGGAGUAAAGAAAUUGCUGCUGGGAAAAUUGAACAACCCAGUGGGGGAAUAGUGCCAAAAAUGUUAAAGUGACCAGACUGGGGAGUAAAUAUUUCUGAUAUUUCUUCGUUCUGUCAAACAGGAAUGAAAACACUUUGGAAAUAAUUUCUUCAGGCUAAAAUCAUUGAAAACAACUUCUCACCUGUUUAGAUGUAGAAUAUUAGUUUGAAAAAAGGUAAGAAAAAACACUGGGAACAGCUGAUGUGACAAGUUGUUGUCUGCAUGGCUCUUUUGUGUUUUACAAAUGUUUAAAGCUGGAUCUGUGUCAUUAA